AUGGAUAGAUUGAAUAUAAUUUUAGUAUUGGGUUUGUUGUUUGUAGCUGUUAAUGGAGAUAUUUGGCAGCAAUGUGAAGGAAAUGUAAAUCCUACAUUCAGUAUUACAUCGUUAACACUUCAACCAGAUCCACCAGUUAUUGGCAAGAGUGUCGUCGUCAACGCCGUCGGAACACUUAGUGAACAGGUCACCUCUGGUAACUCUGUCUUUACGAUUCAAUUCUAUAUAGCAGGUGCAUGGAGAAAUCUUCCAACCUUCAAAAAUGAUGUUUGUAGUGUAGUCAAGUGUCCUGUUGCUCAAGGUCCAUUCAGUUUCUCUACAACCAUUCCAAUUCCAUUCAUCACUCCAAGAGGUCAAUAUCGUGGUCAAUUCAUAGUAACCGAUCAAUCCAAUAGAAAUAUUACUUGUUUAACAUUCGCAACACAAUUAAACUAA